GAAUUAUUAUCGAAAAAACUGCAAUUGUGAAUAAGUUUGCGUUUUUCAAGAGAUAUAAGAGGAAUUGCAUACAAAAAUGGCCUCUCUAUUUGAUCAGUACUCAUCGGCUCUGAUACGGGAGAAUACCAGCAGCGAAACGGAUCCACCCAGUCGUACGCCCUCUUCCGGUUACGUUAGUGUUCGCAUGAAAAAGGAGGUGCCGAUAUUCGCCAAACAAAAGAUGAACUUAAACCUGCCGGCAGGUAUUCUGUUUCUGUCCGUGCAAAACGAUUGGGUGAUAAUUCUGAUGACCAAUCUUACGAUACUGCGAAUGAACAUCAAACAGCCUAACGAGUUUACCGAAGUUCCCAUCGACAAGUACGUCGGGGGAUUAAAGCCGACCAACUUGUUCCUGGAUCCCUUGGGGGCGCAUCUGUUUAUUACUUUUUGCCCUAAAUCGCCGGGUUUUACACCGGAAGUUCUGUAUUUACAGCGCAACAGUUUCAAACCUAAGUUCAUUUCAAAGUUGAAAGACCAGGAGAUUACUGCUGUUGGAUUUAAUUAUUCUAACAGCUCGGAAACUAUGACUGGACCGAUAUUGCUGGGCACUAGUAAAGGAACCAUUUGGGAAGCUGACCUGGGAAUUGAUGGGGGAGACAAAUUGGUGCAGCAAAAUAUCCGACAAGUUUUCGACGUAGGCACCGGAGGUGACGGCCGACUGAUUUCCGGAAUUGAAUUUCAUGUGCGACAGGAGCAGAAAAGUUUGCACUGCAUUAUUCUUGUGCUCACUCUGGACCGAAUGUAUACAUUCCACGAAACGAUUCGCGGUGUUGAGUCGAAGAUGACAACCGGUCUGUUGCAGAGAGUGUUUAAUUCUUACUUGAACAUUCCGGAGCAGUUGAACGAUUUUGAACAUGUCGUCAGCAAACUAAACUACUCCAGGCUGCAGUUCAACUAUGAGGAAGACUUCCCAAAAAGCUUCGGUUGCCUGACCGAGGACGGAAUAAAUUUCCAAGAGCUUGAUCCAAAAAUGGACACUCCACAGUUUGUUGUGCAGAAGGAGUUGAUUCCAUAUCCGGUGCAAGAGGACGUGGCAAAACCGCCGCAGGACAGUUCGUAUAAGGUGGCACCGAAAUGCAACACUCCGCUGUCGUUUGUUUUGACCGAUUUCCAUGCGAUUCUGUUGUACGUCGAUCACGUGACGGCCAUAUCGUUGCUCAACUAUCAAGUUGUUUACGAAGAGUAUUUCGUUGAGCAGUAUGGCAAACUUUCCAACGUACUGAAGGAUGUGCGGUCUAAUGUGACUUAUGUGUACAGUAAUAAGAUGAUUUUCCGUUACAAGAUUAAUAAUGAGCAACGCAAUGCUUGGCGUUUGUAUGCUGAUCGGCAAAAGUUCGAGUUGGCGCUACAAUAUUGUAACGAUAAUCCUGCUCAUCGAGAUAUAGUGCUGGUCAAGCAGGCUCAGUCGUACUUUGACGUUGGCGAUUACCUGGAGGCUGCUCGGAUAUACUCGAAUACUCAGCUCAGCUUUGAAGAGGUCUGUUUACAAUUUUUGAAGCGUAAUCAAAAUGAUGCUCUGAUGCUGUAUUUGAAAAAUCGAUUGGCCAAGCUUAAACCGCAGGAAAAAACGCAAAUCACGAUGCUGAUUGUGUGGAUGGUGGAACUGUACUUGAUAGAAAUUUCGCGCUGUGCUAAAGGAGAAAAUGUGGACCGGGAGCGGGUACUGCAGAAGGAAUUCGAUGCGUUUAUGCAGACAGCAAUUGUGAUCGAUUGCAUGAAAAAGAACCGAUCGGUUAUCUAUGAUCUGAUGGCUUCACACGGAGAUAGUCACAAUUUGACCGCUUUGACCACCAUUCACCGAGAUUAUGAAAGUGUUUUGCAGCAAUACAUUAAUCAGGCACGUUUUGACGACGCUUUGGCGGUGCUGCGCGCUCAGUGUCGUUCGGAGUUGAUUUACAAAUAUGCGCCGGUCGUAAUGGAAGAACUUCCCGCAGAGACCAUAUCGGUUUUGAUCGCUCAAGGGAAACGAUUGGAUCCUAUCAAGUUGAUUCCAUCGCUGCUUUGUUUGGACAGUCCGAAACACGUGGCAGAGAUAGUUAAAUAUUUGGAAUUCUGUAUUCAUUCCGUCGGUUGCACCGAACCGGCUAUCCAUAACUAUCUGAUUCAACUGUAUAGCGAUCAUUUUCGUGACAAACUGCUAACUUUCCUCGAGACUCAGGGCAAGGAUAUCACUAUGAUUAGUUAUGAUGCUCAUUACGCCCUUCGAAUCUGCCUGAAGCAUCAGAUCAAAGAUGCAAGUGUCUUCUUGCAAUGUCUUUUGGAGAUGUGGGUUCCGGCGGUUGAAUUGGCGCUGACUUUCGACAUUCAGCUAGCUAAGGUUACGGCAUCGCAGGCACGGAAUAAAAGCUUGCGCAAAAAACUAUGGCUCAUUAUUGCCGAGAAAGAGAUUCGCGGAAAGCAUGAAAACGUACAGGAGGCACUGAGAAUUUUGAAGGAAUGUGAUCUACUUCGAAUAGAGGAUUUGCUGCCCUAUUUUUCCGACUUUCAAAAAAUCGAUCAUUUCAAGGAGGCUAUCUGCGAGUCACUGAAGGAAUACAAUAUUCGGAUACAGGAACAGCGCAAGGAUAUGGAAGAGUCGGCAAAAUCGGCUGAACGUGUUCGCUCGGAACUGCAAACUUUUCGCAACCGGUCGGUUACGAUUGGAGCUCAGGAGCAGUGCGCCAUCUGCGGUGUUUAUUUGCUGCUUAAGCCGUUCUUUAUUUUCCAUUGCGGUCACAAGUUCCACGGGGACUGCUUGGAACGCCAGCUGGUUCCACAAUUAAGCUCGGAGAAGAAAAACCAUCUGAAGAAUUUGCAACAACAAUUAAGUGCAGCGCAAAACCAGCCGAUAGAUACAGGAAGCCAUGCCGGUGAUACGAUGUCUAGCAAAGAACAUUUGAAGAAUCAGAUCGAAGAAAUUCUCGCUUCGGAUUGCUUGUACUGCGGUGAGGUGAUGAUCAACACUAUUGAUCGUACCUUCAUAGAGAACUGGGAAAAAGUUGACAGCGAUUGGCAGUAGGUUAGUACUGGAGAUCGAUAGAUUUAUAGAAUAUGAAUAUGAAAUAUAAAAUUAUUUCUAAAUUCAGUAAGUAUAGUACAGUUUAGU